AUGUUUGCUUUUCUUAGAGCAUCAGCAGUGGCACAAGCAGUACAAGCCAUAUUGAUUUUGACUGUAUCACUUUCAACCUACCAAUGGUUCUGGAAGAGAAGAGUUAGAAGCAAUGGAGGGAGCAGAGAGGAAGCUGGGGCUGAGAUAGCGUUAGAUUCAAAGGACUUGCAGCAACAUAGCAAAGCUUUCGACAAGCUCACCGAUCGUGUCGAGGAUCGCCAGCUCGAUUCCUCUCGUGUUCAAUCGGCUAUGGCUACAAUUGCUGCUUCUAGGAAGGUUGAUCUAAAUGCUAAGAGAUUAAGCUAAAAACUCUUAGAUUUCUCUCG